UAUAAGCUAAAAAUGGCUUGUUCGAACCGAUUGACCUAUUGUUUUUUACUGUUCCUCUCCCUGAUUGGAUCAAGCAUUGCUGCUUCUCCUAGUGAUGAUUUGUUAGCAUGGGUGCAACAAGAUAAUCGCCGGUUCCUUAAUGCCAUUAUCCGAGUUACCAAUCUUAAUCGUACGAUUAAGUUUUACACUGAGAACUUUGGGAUGAAAGUACUGAGGCAAAGUGACAUCCCACAUGAAACUUACUCGUAUGCUGUCCUUGGGUUUGGCCCCGAAGACUCUCAUUUUGUCCUGCAGCUGAGACAAAACUAUGGAGGGGAGAAGUUGAAGCUAGGGACAGCCUUUGCACACUUUGGGAUUGCAACUCAAGAUGCUUACAAAAUGGUUGAAGAGAUCCGAGCCAGAGGUGGAGUCAUCACUCGUGAAGCAGGCCCGAUCGAAGGGGGAACAACCGUUUUCGCCUUCAUUCAGGAUCCUGAUGGCUACAUGUUUGAGCUCAUCCAGAGACCUCCAACUCCUGAACCACUUUGCCAACUAAUGCUUCAUGUGUCUGAUCUAGAUCGUGCUAUCCAAUUCUAUGAAAAGGCCUUAGGCAUGAAGUUGCUGCAAAAGUAUGACAGCCCUGAGGAGCAGUUUGCUAUUGCCAUGGUGGGCUAUGGAUCAAACUUAACACAGAUAACCACAGUGGAGUUGAGAUAUAACUACAAUGUCACUGAGUACACCGAAGGAAAUGGAUAUGUGCAGGUUGCUAUAAACACAGAUGAUGUAUACAAAAGCGCUGCUGCUGUUGAGCUGGUUAGUCAAGAACUCGGAGGGAAUAUAACACAAGGACCAGAUCCGAUCAGCAAAACCACUUCGUUCCUUGAUCCGGAUGGUUUCAAAACGGUUUUGGUGGGCAACCGAAGGAAGAAAGAGUAAGGGUACUGCCCAGGAAUUUCUAAGAGUCAGAAUAAGAAGGCAUGCUAUGGAGCCAGUGCCUAAUGUAUUCAUUUGUAUUAUCCUAUUGCUUCUGUUUCAUGUGUUACUAUAUUAAUUAAAAGGACUGCUUAAAGAGGUGUAAAGACAUUUUUCAGAGACG